ACCACGACCUGUUGGAAUCUGCAUUCCUACCCCCUCUCCUUUCCUUCCUUCGUCUCCCAAGACAACUUCACCCUCCCCAACCCUCCACCAUGCCAUCCUCCAAACCCAGCCAAGUUGAAGUCGCCGAGCACGCUCCCGUCACGCUCACAGCAGCAGAGACAUCGGAGCUCGGCCACCUUGCCAGCGCUGAAGACCACGAAGUCGGUAAACUUGCCGCAUUCCGCAAGUAUCCCUGGGCCUGCGCAUGGAGCGUAUACGCCGUCUGGGUGGUGCUGCUCGUCAGCUUUGAGAACCAGGCAGCGGGGAAUGUCAUUGGGAUUCCAGAGUUUAGAAAGGACUUUGGGAGAGAGUAUACGGAGAGCGAUGGGAGCACGAGUUAUGUGCUGGAUGCGAAGUGGCAGAGUGCGUUUCAGGGGGCGCCGGUGGCUUCAGCUGUUGUAGGAGCUCUCGGAUGCGGACAGCUUGCGGACUGGCUUGGACGUCGCGCGGUCGUUAUGAUCUGUUUGGUCAUUACUUUCGCGGCUGUGACGAUGGAGUUCGUUGCUACUACGAACGAGCUUUUCUUCGGUGGGAAGUUUCUCAAUGGAUUCGCGACUGGGGCUCUCGCUUCGGUCACGGUGACCUAUAUUGGCGAGAUCGCUCCACUUGCACUGCGAGGCAUGCUCACUUGUCUGACCGCUCUCGCGUACACCCUGGGCCCGCUAACCGUAGCCCUGAUCGUGAACUCAACUGGCGUCUACACAAAUCGAUGGGCAUAUCGCGCCGUUUUCUGCGCACAGUACGGUUUCGCUGCCAUCGCAAGCAUCUUAGUCCCCUUCAUGCCAGAAUCACCCUGGUGGCUCGUAUCCAAAGACCGCCCUCAAGCCGCCCUCAAAGCACUCAACGGCCUCGGCCACCGCGGCCCGGAAGCCUCAAAAAAACUCGCCCUAAUCCAAAACACGCUCGAGGAAGUACGCCGCGAGACAGAAGGCGUCACCUACCUCGAAUGCUUCCGGUACUCCAAUCUUCGGCGCACAGUGAUCUCCAUCGCACCCCUAUCCAUCCAAUCACUCUCCGGCAUCGCGUUCGCAGCAAGCUACAGCACGUACUACAUGCAGCUUGCGGGCUUCAGCACCUCUAUGAGCUUCAAGCUGCAGAUCGUGCAGCAGGUCAUCAGCCUGGUGGGGAACGUGAUGAGCUGGUAUCUAGUCGACCGCGUGGGACGCAGGAACCUGACGUUCUGGGGCCUGUUCGUGCUGACGAUCAUCCUGUUCGUCAUGGCGGGCUGCGCGGUGCUGGGCACGCCCUCUGGGCUCAAAGGCGCCGUCAGCAUGAUUCUGGUCUACUGCUGGUGGUAUAACGUCACCAUUGGCGCGACAGCAUACACGAUCCUCUGCGAAGUCUCGACGUCCCGGCUGCGCAUUAAGACGAUCGCUAUUGGGCUCGCGCUGCAGAAUGCGCUCAAUACUAUGUGGAGCUUCGUCCUGCCGUAUCUUUUUAACCCGGAUAAGCUGGAUCUUGGGGGCAGACUGGGGUUUAUCUUCGGAGGGCUAUCGGUCGUUUGCUUAGUGUAUUUGUGGGUUUAUCAGCCGGAGACCGCGGGCAGGAGCUAUGAGGAGUUGGAUGAGAUGUUUAUUAAGAAGGUGCCGGCAAGGAGGUUUAGGGGCUAUGUGACGGAUGCGCAGGCGUUGGGGGAGGCGGUUAGGGAGAAGGGCGGUUUGUGAGGUGAGU